GGAAAAGGGUGGCGGCUGUGGGAGAUAGGUCAUCCUGGUCCAGCCCACCGUAUGGCUGUGGGCUUGACUCACCCACGCUGUCGCCUCAGCACUGCUACUGGAGAACGCUGAACUCCGAAGGUGCCCUAGGGGAGCGGCGCCAAGGGCCGAGAAGACCCCGCCUCCCCUUGCUCGGCCUCCGAUUGCUCACGUCUGGCCGCGAGUCGGCUGAGGGCCGAGCGUGUCGCUCCUGGGUCCCCACACCGAGCCCGCCUCGCGUUCGCUGUCGCGGCUGUUGCCCCGGGUUUAGCGGCUCUCGUGCCCCUCCUGGGUCCGCGGCGGCCUGGCCCAAUGGCGCCUCAGCGGAGGGGACCACCUAGAGUUCCCGAGGGAAGCAGUGCAGCCGAGCGCCGGCGCGCGAACAGCACCAAGAAAGACCGGCUGCCUCAGGAGGCACAGAGGUCAUGGCUAAGGACUGUGGUCUUUGGAGUUGGCCUUGCGCUGAUCACAUUCCUGUUCUGGAGUAGUCUGAGGAUGGAUGAUGAUGUUGCUGAAGUCUUGGCCCAUCGUGGUGAGGUCCUGGAAGGCAGGUUCAUUGAGGUUCCCUGCUCUGAGGACUAUGAUGGUCACCGGAGAUUUGAAGGCUGUACUCCCAGGAAGUGUGGCAGAGGUGUCACUGACAUGGUGAUUACCAGGGAGGAGGCGGAGCAGAUUCGCAGAAUAGCAGAGAAGGGACUCUCUCUAGGCGGAUCAGAUGGAGGGGCAUCUAUCCUGGAUUUGCACUCUGGGGCCCUGUCUGUCGGGAAGCAUUUUGUGAACCUGUACAGAUACUUUGGGGAUAAAGUACAAAAUAUCUUCUCUGAGGAGGACUUCCAGUUAUAUAGGGAUGUGCGGCAGAAGGUCCAGCUCACCAUUGCUGAAGCCUUUGGCAUCAGCUCAUCCUCGUUGUACCUGACAAAGCCCACAUUCUUCUCCCGAAUAAAUAGCACAGAAGCCCAGACAGCUCAUGAUGAGUAUUGGCAUGCCCAUGUGGACAAGGUCGAGUCUCAUUCUUUACCUCAGGCUCUGAGAACCUGCACCGGGUGGAGAAGGUCCUCUGGGGUACCCGCUAUGCCAUCACCAUCGCUUUUACCUGCAACCCUGACCAUGGCAUCAAGGAUCCAGUACUCACAUAACGAGCUAGGUUGCAUCCUGAGGACCAUGUCUGGAAGCCUGUGGGUGGCACCCUAUUGUUGGGACACAGCCCUGUCGAUGAAGGCACUCCCAGGCCAGGCUGAACCUGCGCUCACCCCCCCCCCCCAUUCCAGCCCAUCGCUGCUGCACAGAGUGCCUUAUGAAUUAGCCUGAAUUUUGAUUUGCAAAUGUUUUAAUAUUUUCAUCUGUGAGUAAAUCAAGGAAGGAGUCUCUCACCUGA